AUGGCGGAGCAUUUGGCAUCGAUCUUCGGAACCGAGAAAGACAGAGUUAACUGCCCUUUCUACUUCAAGAUCGGAGCUUGCAGACACGGCGACCGCUGUUCUAGGCUUCACACUAAGCCCACCAUUAGUCCCACUCUCGUUCUCUCCAACAUGUAUCAGAGACCUGAUAUGAAUCUCAACUUCAUCAACCCUACCCCUAAUCAGCCUCAGCAACCUCAACCGCCUCAGCAGCCUCAGCCGGAAUCACUCGACCCUGAUAAGCUUCAAGAACACUUCGAUGAUUUUUAUGAAGAUCUGUUUGAGGAGCUUAGCAAGUAUGGGCAAAUUCAGAGCUUGAAUAUUUGUGACAAUUUGGCUGAUCACAUGGUUGGCAAUGUAUAUGUUCAGUAUAAAGAGGAAGACCAUGCUGCUAAUGCCCUAAUGAAUCUCACUGGAAGAUUUUACUCAGGUCGACCAAUCAUUGUUGACUUCUCGCCUGUUACGGAUUUUCGAGAAGCUACUUGUAGGCAGUACGAGGAAAAUGUAUGCAAUCGAGGUGGCUACUGCAACUUUAUGCAUCUAAAGAAAAUUAGCAGAGAUUUGAGGAAGCGGUUAUUUGGAAGAAGUAGGCGGUCAUGGAAUGACCGUAGUGGAAGCAGAAGCCGGAGCCCACCAAGGAAUCGUAACUAUGAGGGGCGUUCAUAUUCUGGUCGUGGUUCUGGUAGAAGGGACCUUGACAGGCCUCAUGGCCACCAUGGUAGGAGGCCAAGAAGCCGUAGUCCUCGUCAUAGAGGAAAAAGAAGUAGAAGUCCAGCUGGCAGGGAUAGGAGUCCAAACCCCAUCAGAGAAAGAGAAAGUAGUGUAGAAAGGAGAGCUAGAAUAGAACAAUGGAACAGGGAGAAAGAAGUUGAAGAUUCUGGUAACAAGGACAAUAAGAGUAGCAAUGAUUAUGAAGAACCGAGCUUAAGAAAUGGCAGUGAGUCUGGUAAUCAUCAGAUAGAGUAA